CAGUCAGAAUCCGGAAGAAAAACAAUCUGAAGGGAGCAGUGCUGCUGAGACCGGAGACCAGGGGCUGUUCCGGCUCGUACUAGCUGCAGCGCGGAGACAGGAACCUACCAGGUCACCGGGAGGGAAUAAUGUCGGCUGUGAGUCCAAGGAGGCCGAGCGCACCGAAAAGCUUUGCACUCAGCAUACAUGUUGUAACAUGGAAUGUGGCCUCUGCAGCCCCCGCCGAGGACCUCAGUGACCUACUUCAACUGAACAACCAAGACCUGAAUCUGGACAUAUAUAUCAUUGGUUUGCAGGAGAUGAAUUCUGGAAUCAUAAGCCUUCUUUCUGACACUGCUUUUGAAGACCCAUGGAGCAGUUUCUUCAUGGAUAUGCUUUCCCCACUGAACUUCGUCAAGAUCUCUCAAGUCCGUAUGCAGGGGCUUCUCUUACUGGUCUUUGCCAAGUAUCAACAUUUGCCCUACAUCCAGAUCAUCUCUACAAAAUCCACCCCUACUGGCCUCUACGGGUACUGGGGGAACAAAGGGGGAGUCAACGUCUGCCUGAGGCUCUAUGGUUACUAUGUCAGCAUCGUCAACUGCCACCUGCCUCCCCACAUGUACAACAAUGACCAGCGUCUGGAGCACUUUGACCGAAUCUUGGAGAGUCUGACUUUUGAGGGAUGUGAUGUCCCCAACAUCCUGGACCAUGACCUCAUUCUGUGGUUUGGAGACAUGAACUUUCGAAUUGAGGACUUUGGGUUGCUCUUUGUUCAGGAGUGUAUAACAAGGAAGUACUACAGAGAGCUGUGGGAGAAAGAUCAGCUCUUCAUUGCCAAGAAACAUGACCAGCUGCUCCGGGAGUUCCAGGAAGGCCCACUGCUCUUCCCACCCACCUACAAGUUUGACAAGCACUCCAACAACUAUGACACCAGUGAGAAAAAACGUAAGCCUGCGUGGACUGACCGCAUCAUGUGGAGGUUGAAGCGGCAGCCGUCCCAAGCCAGCCCCCUGGCCUCCAGUCUACAAACGUCCUGCUUCUUGCUGACGCUGAAGAACUACAUCAGUCACAUGACAUACAGCAUCAGUGACCAUAAGCCUGUCACUGGCACUUUCCACUUGGAGCUGAGCCCACUGAUGUCUGCCCCACCGAUCACCAUGAUGCCUGAGUACCUGUGGACCACAGAGAACGACAUGCUGAUCAGCUACACCUCCACCCCAGAGUUCGUCAGCAGCCCCUGGGAUUGGAUCGGACUAUACAAGGUGGGGAUGCGCCACAUUAAUGACUAUGUAUCCUAUGUCUGGGUCGGCGACAACCAAGUCUCCUGUGGUAACAACCCAAACCAGGUGUAUAUCAACAUCAGUGCUAUCCCUGACUCUGAGGAUCAGUUUCUUCUCUGUUACUAUAGUAACAACCUGCACUCUGUAGUGGGUAUAAGUCAACCCUUCAAGAUCCCGUUUCGCUUCUUUUUGAGAGAGGACACACUGUGUGAGCCUGAACCACAGAUCUGAGCCCAGAUGGGAGUGAAUGAAUCCAGGGCGGAGGCUAGAGCUGGAAGCCAGCUCUGGCACAGCACUGCCAGCAGUCUGGCCCAGCCCCUGAGGAGGCAGCUGAGUAUCCUCCAGCUCCCCACCUCCCAGGGGAGCUCAGCCAGAUUCCUCUGCUCGCUCCAGGCCAGAUGAACUGGCCCUUUAAUACAGCUUUUUGUUACAGAGAUGUGAUUGAAACAGAGUAGUGUGUCAAUGGUGAAGACUUGGAGACAGUCCACUGCAUAUAGACUUGCUUGCUUCCACUAGCUUGCAUGCUAUUUCUUUUUUCUCCCUUUCAUAAACACUCCCUCUCACAUCCAAGCAGUCAUGCCAGGCACAUGCCCUAUCUGGCUCAGGCCUGCAUUCCUAUCACACCAUCCCCGGCCUCGGGCUGCCCUGGGAGGAGGGAUGUUCACAUUUGUACAGGCCCUGUCAAUUGGGUGGCAUGAACAGCACUGGGUUCCAAAAGUCUUGGCAUUUCACCGUUUGUCCCCACAGGGAUGAGCAAAGGCUCUGAGAUCCUGCUUUGAGCGGAAGCACUAUGAUAAAAGGAGAUAGUAAUGCCCAUCUCUACUGUGGAAAGUGGACUCUGAUCAGGAGGUUCUAGGGCCUAAGGUUAGCUUCUGCGGGUGAGCGCAGCUCCAUGUCCCCACCUGCCCUUUACAGAGAGUUGACAGGUUGUGGAGGAGCCAUAGCCACUGUCCUCUAGGGUGGUCUUCAGAUCAAGCUCAUCUUCAUUGGCAAAGCACUGCUCCUCCCUCUGGGCCCUGCUGGGACCUAGAAAUGGGAAGCAGCGAGAAGCUAGGUUCAAGACAUUCUGAAGGACCUAGUGGCAGGAAGAAGCUGCCUGUCCUUAUUCCUGACAAUUACCCUCUGCCAACAGUGACUCAAUGCCUCUUCUCCCAGGAGAAGACACCUCAGGGAGUCUUGCCCUGUAAUUCUCACAUCCAUCCUGUGACCCAAGAGUCAUUCCAAUUGCUCCAGGCUCUGUAUUCUAUCCUGGGAGCCACCGGGUGUUAAGAAUAACUCCCCAGGCUUCUAGUGGGCUGUGGCUGUCUGUUCUCUGUGUGUUGUUAUAUUGGAAGAUAAUUAUAAAUAUGGCUUUUA